AUGAGUCGCAGAAAUAAUAAAUCGUCAUGUGAGACUCCAGUAUCGUCAAGAUGUCAAGAGCAGACAUCAAUGCAAGAUGUGUUAAAAGCCAUACAAGCUCUACAACAAACAGUGAAUGAAGUUCGAGCUGAAACAGUUUCGAAUCGGGAAGACAUAAGUAAUUUGCGUGGACAACUUGCCAACGAUAAGUCGGUAACGCACGAAAAGAAAGAUGAAAUAGGUAAGAUAGAUCAAGAUGAAGACGAACGGUGCACUGCUAAAGUCGUAUGUUCAGGAGGCGAAGGCAUCCGACUUUAUGAUUUGCCAAAAUUCAACGGUAACGCCGAACAGUGUCCACUUUUUCGUGCUAGUUUUGAGGACACCACCAAAACGUUUAAGUAUACCAACAGACAUAAUUUAAUGCACCUACAGGAAUGCCUAAUGCAUGAAGCCAAGGAUGUCGUUCAGUCACUGUUAAUAUACCCAUCAAAUGUGCUUGCAGUUAUGAAAGAACUUGAAUUUCGUUUUGGCCGCCUAGAUUUACUAAUACGGUCCCAGUUGGACAAGAUUCAACAGUUCGAGAGAGUGAUGGAGAGGAACGUUGAUAGUUUAAUUGCCUUAUCCUCUCUUGUGCGAAAUUUUGUGGCCUUUUUGUCAUCAGCCAAGUGUGAGCAACACUUGAACAACCCAAUAUUAUUAGAACAACUAGUGUAUAAGCUGCCACCUAGUAAACAAUUCGAGUGGGCGCGUCACGCUACAACUCUGAAGGAAUAUCCCACAAUAAAACAAUUUAGUGUUUGGUUGAGUGAGAUUGCGAAAAUAAUUUGCCUUUUGCCACAGCCAUUGUGUCAAUCAAAAGCCGAAAAGCCUAAAAUUACAAUGCCAGCUACUCAAAAUUAUACGCGCCGAGUUAUGUAUGCACAAAACCAUGAGAUGGGACAAGAAAAUCACCUGGAAGUUAAGUGUUUUGAAUGUGCAGGCCCACAUCUGAUAGUUACAUGUGAAGCGUUUUUGAGUAAAAAUGUUCAGCAGCGUUGGGUAAAGGUGAAGCAGCUUCGUUCGUGUUUUUCAUGUUUGCGGAAAGGACACAAUGUCAUACAGUGCUGA